AUGUCGAAUAACAAACUUUAUUUGACGUCCACAUCUAAAUCGCUCAAACAGAAUGACAAAAAUCCAAAACUUUCAGUUCUCCAAAUCGCUACGCCGUCCUUUCGAUGGAUGUAGACGAUGCAGUUAUUGCAUAUUUUAAUGUAUGGUAUUUAUUUCGCUUAACAGUAAGGCAGUUGGCCGUGAACAAAAACUUCGAGAUCCACAUUCAGUUAUUCCACUCCAAGGUCCUCGUUAUAUCAAUAACAUUACUAACUUUUCUUCAUUUCAAAAGACAUUACUAAGUCUCACAGGUAUUAAUAGUUUCUCCCAUAAAGCCGCACAAUCGUUCCUAAUUGUUUAUCCGAAUGAUCAACACAAUUUUAGUUUAUUUAUCGAACUUCUUAACAACACAGACUUGGAGUUUCAUAAAUACUGUGCACACCAUGCAACUCUUUUUGGGUCGUUAUCAGGAAUUUGCACUAUUCCACACCCAGAGUCGAAAUCACUAAUACACUGA